AAUGUCUUAGAUGUUUUAGUGGGCAAUAUGAAACGUGAUUGUUUCAAGGUCUCAGAAGGUGCCUUCUGUGGCAAUAAGAUUGUGGAGCAAGGCGAAGAAUGUGAUUGUGGCUUCAAUGAAGAAGAAUGCAAAGACAAGUGUUGUUAUCCUAGAUUAAUUAGUGAAUACGAUCUCUCCCUUAAUAGUUCCGCUAGAGGCUGUACACGUCGUGCCAAGACACAGUGUUCACCCUCGCAGGGACCCUGUUGUUUGUCCAACUCCUGUACGUUUGUACCCAGCAACUAUCAUCAAAAAUGUAAAGAGGAAACAGAAUGUUCCUGGUCGAGCACUUGCAACGGCACCACAGCCGAAUGUCCCGAACCCAAACCGCGAGAUGAUAAGACAAAGUGCAAUAAUGGUACAGCUUUGUGUAUACGCGGUGAAUGUUCGGGUUCGAUUUGUUUGCUGUGGAAUAUGUCGGAAUGCUUCCUGACCUCUCAGCAGCAGCCGCAUGUAGAUAAAAGGAAAUUGUGUGAAUUAGCUUGCCAGAAUGGCAAUGAUACCGGUACUUGUAGAAGUACGUCAGAAUUUGCUCAUUUAUUUGGUUUGCCAGUGGGAGGUAUAAGUUUACGUCCCGGUUCUCCUUGUGAUAAUUUCCAAGGUUAUUGUGAUGUGUUCCUUAAAUGUCGAGCCGUCGAUGCUGAUGGUCCUUUGGUGCGCUUGAAGAAUUUACUGCUUAAUCGUGAGACACUCUUAACGGUGGCUCAAUGGAUUACGGAAAAUUGGUAUAUAGUGGUAUUGAUGAGUAUUGGUUUCAUAAUUGUCAUGGGCAUAUUCAUCAAGUGUUGUGCCGUACACACGCCCAGUUCAAAUCCUAAAAAGCGAAGAGCUAGAAGAAUAUCAGAAACUCUACGUGCUCCUAUGAAUACCCUAAGACGAAUGCGUCAUCCUCAUGGUCGUGCUGCCGGACCACGCAGUAUACCACCGCCAGUACAUGACUCACGUUCCCAUCAACGCAACUAUCCUCCCGAAUGGGAUCGCCAUCAUCGUUCUGGCGGUGCUGGUGUAGUUGCUGCUCAAGGUGUUGUGCCAUUGCCGGGCGCCAGUAGUCAUGCGAGUCGUUCUGCAGCUGGUGGUAGACCACCAGGAGGUGGUGGCGGAGGCCGUAGUUCACGUUCAAAUGGAUCUAGACAACCUAGCAGUUCUAGAUCGGGUGCACAACAUGGGUAUGCUGAUGCUCCACCCAGUGUGGGUGGUCCAUCGUCUAAUAGUGCGGGUGGUGUUGGUAGUGGUUUACAUAUGGGUGCACCGAUUGUUGGGCCGGGUUCAUCUACUAGUGGUGCAGGUGUUUUAUCACGUGCCCAAAUGCCUUUACCCGCCCUGCCGUCCAAUGCACAAACGCAACAACAACAAUCACAACAACUGCCACAACAAGCAUACUAUGCGCCGAAAGGUGUGUUUUUUUAAACAGUUACAUUUGAUAGGAGUGCCAUAAGAGAAAUCCCGGGGGAAAAGAGAU